AAUAUAUAGGAACUACGUGUCCCACAAUGCCAAGCGGCAGAGGCGGUCGCGUGCCUUUGGUGCUGAAACUGCUCGUGCUUCAGUUGUUGCUACGACACGUCCCCGCGAGCAUCACCACACUCGCUGCCUCUCUAGCUUUCUAUUUCGAAUUCAUAAAAUGUCGAUGCCGCUCGCCGUCGUCUUUAUCUCAAAAUAACCACUUGACGUUCGUCCAACUUUUGUAUCGCGGCUCAUUUCCUCGAGGCGCGUCCUACGUCUCGCCGCUCCGAAGUAGCCGAACCGCAUCCUUUAUGCACAGCACGCUGCUCCGGUCCUCCGAGCACUAUGGUCCGCUCCAGCCCCGCUCACUAGGGAGCAUGGAAGCCAAGCAACACCCGAUAAAGAGCCUUAAAAGCUAUCCGGAGACCGGUGGCAGGAGUCUGGCAGCGGCCGCCGGUGGAGGAGCAGGAGGAGGCGGCGGCGGCGGCGGAGGAGGAGACGGAGGGGGCGGCGGGUGUCGAAUCGGUGCCUCCGCGGAAAUGGAGAUGGAGACGAAGAUCCAGAAAGCCGUCGACUUCAAGGCGGAGGGCCACCGCUGCUACAAGGAGAAGAAAUUCCGCGAAGCGAUCGGUAAAUAUCACCGGGCGCUGCUGCAGCUCAAAGGGGCGCACGUCGCCGACGGGACGACCGGCGGCUCCGAGGUCAACCUGCUGAGCCAACAAUCCGCCGCCAAGCUCACCGAGGAGCAGCGGAGAGCCGUGGAGAGCACCGAGAUCGAGUGCUACGACAGUCUCACAGCUUGCUUGUUGCAGUCCGAGCUGGUCAACUAUGAGCGAGUGAAGGAGUAUUGCUUGAAGGUACUGAGUCACCAGAGGGACCACUUCAAGGCUAUGUACCGGGCCGGCAUUGCCUUCUACCACCUGGGUGAUUACGAAUGUGCCCUACGCUACCUGCGGGACGCUAAGAACCGCGAACCCACAGACACCAACGUGCUGCGGUACAUCCAGCUGACGGAGAUGAAGAUGAGCAAGAGCGGCCAGCGGGAACGAGAUCUCGGCAAAGAGACCCACGGUUGACCCAACCUGGCCCAUUUAGAACCCCGCACCGAUUCCUCCAUUUGCCCCAACCCACCCUCUUUCCUCGCCGCAGCACGGACGCAGUUGUACAAGUUGCUCUGAACUUCGGGUUCUUCCCUCAGGUGCUGUGGUUAAUUUUUUCCCAAACAAAGAAACAGAAGAAAACUGCUGUAUUGUAAAGCCCUAAAAGAAACUAGUUAAUAAUGGACAUUUUGCGUGAUUUAGUCAAUGUUGAAGAAAAAAAAAAAAAAGUGUUUUGUUUUCUCUGCCUUCUCUUCUGGGAGAACAUCCAAGUCCUGAUUGGCUCUUCGUGAGGGAUACAUGACACAUAUCAAGACCAUGGUCCAAUUCGAUUGUACGUGCGACCCACCAGGAGGGCUCUUUCAGGCCCUUAACCACACCUCUUAGAACUUUUUGUUUUCCAUUAAGGGCUAAUUUCAGUGUUUGUAAUCUGUUUUUUAUUGUCCAUUUAAACCAGGGUUCAGCGGAAUUUUGUUCUUUUUAUCCUAACAGUUGUUGUUUUGUAUUAUUUUGUGGUUAAAUGUUUAAUUGUAAAUAGUAAUAUAGGUAAUUUAACUUCUAUAUGUAAAUUUUAAAUUAUUGGUUAAUUCACUGAAUAGAAUUGACGACGAUAGACGUCCUAUUCAUUGGAUGUCUGUCGCCAUCAAUGGUAGGUACCGAGUUAAUAAAGUUGACCUCAAACAUUUGCCCAUCCCUGAUCUAAACAGUGUCGUUAUCGUAGCAUUGCCGCUAUCAGUUUAGAUUACAUUACGUCUUGGAUUUGUUGUCGAAAGAUCCUCCUCAACUCAUCCCUAAACCCUUCACCCACAGGUUGGCUGUUGUCCCUGUCCAAGCCCCUUUUCCGACAGUAUCGUUCUGAACACAGUUCAGUUCAACUUGAUCAUACACAAUAGCUAAAGCGGGGUACACACAAGUCGUAUCUCCAAUUGGAGUUGUAGGUGCUAGCGCUAAUCAAGCUAGUUUUGUUAAUAUUGUUUUUCUGGAAUCUGGGAUAAGGAACAAAAUAAUUCAUCAAUCUCAGGGGACCACCGUAAUGGGCGGUACUACCCUCUGCUGGCGACCAAAAUUGACGUCACAUCUAUCCUCGCAAACGUUUCGAGGUCAUGUCACUAAUGUAUUCUGCAUUUCGAUGAUAUGAUAUUUGGAACUUAAAACUUGCUCAAAUGUUAGUCAAGCUUUCAUGUCAACAAGAUUUUGGUUUAGCUUCCCUUGAAACUUCUAACACAUGUAGCAAUUUGUCAUCUUUAUGAGCGUUGACGUUGAAUUUUUUACAUCAGGCUUAAUCUUCGAGUUAACGAGGUUUUAAUUAGUCGGUGGAGUUGAUUUCAACAAUUCCGUGUAGUUUGUUAGUUAUUUGUGUGUUUCAGGGCUCCGGAGUGGCUAAGCUAUUGCGAGUCAAUUGGGCCGACUUAGCAUGCCAUUAAAAAACAUGAAAAUCAUCGAUGACCAGGGGUGAAAGUGGUUAGAAUUUCUUGCCGGAACUACCGGACGUGAAGGUCGCCAAGGAGCCAGAAAUUUUAUUUAUUUAU